AGAUUUGUGAGGCGCAUAUGUAUUCGGUGCUCCUUUGUACUAAUAUUCAUGUGUUAAAAUAUAAAAUAAAAUAAAAAUCACUGUUGGGAAAGUACAUCACAAGUCCCAUGUUAAUUCCGUCUUCCCAUUCAUUUUCAUACAUUAACUAAGUACUGAGUUUUUUUCUCAUUUUCGUAGCUUCCUUGAAAUUCAUUAUGAUGGCAAAUGAUAGAGCUAUUUCUGUAGCCAUACAUUCUUUAAUUGUUUCAAAUAAAAAUACAGUAAAUUACUUGCAACUCAUAAACAAUUUUUCGUAGUCGAUUUUUUACCACACUGUGAGAGCUAGUAAUACUACUGAGCCGCGUAGAUAAAGUAUAUAGAGAUUUCAAAACUGUUAAUUCUUUGUUGAAAUUCAAAUCCUUUAACCAUUAAGACACAGAUCAAACGCUGACUUCAAUCAGAAGUAAUGGGAGGUUCAUGUUAUCAGCCAGUAUCACUUACCAUCGUUUUUUAUUUAUCGUUGUUUUUAGUGAAUCAAACUAGUCACGGUUGUUGAGUAUCACUUCUCUUUUUCAGAUAGUUUGCUAUUUUAGUACUUUUAGUCCUAUUAUGUUAUUUACUGCUAGUUUUCAUGGAUCAUAAUUGUAAGGCGAAAAGAAACGUCUUACUGAUUCUCAUACCCAUCCAUCAAUGAACUGUCAAACAUUUCACUGCCCUAAAACUUCCACGUAUUAGAGAACAUUUAGUUAAGCUUAGCAAAUGACAUUUACUAAACCGUCAUAAGUACGUGCAAAGAUAAGAAUAUUAAUAAGAAUAUUUGGGACAUGUUAGUUUCAAGUAUAUUCAUGAAUAACACCAUCAUCUAUCUUUAUGUUUUUUAGACUAAUUAAUUAAUAAAUGCAAAUGAACGGUGUUACUCAGACUGACUUUAAAGAAUUCAUCAAAUUACACAAUGAUCAACUAAGAGCAAGUGGAAUUCCUAGUCUAUUUUGGCGUAGACUACACGAAAAACUUUUACAUGAGAUAUAUGAUGCUAACACAAGUGUUAUGAUGCAACAAAUCGAAUAUACAAAUGACGAAGGUGAUGAUAAUGAAAUUGGAAGCGAAGAGUUGACUGUUAAUUGUAACUGGAAUAUCUUAGUUUGUAGUGAUCAACUUUUAGUGUCAGAUAGUAAUAAUAUAUUUCUCGUUGAUCAUGCGUGGACUUUUGAUGUGCAAUCUAUGAAACAGUGCUUACUUCAAUAUCCUAGUCUCUUAGAACGAAUGGCUUCAUUAAUGAAUAUAAAUACUUUAAAUGAACCAAAUGAGGAUAUCGCUUCAGAUAUUUGUAAAAAUGUAUGGAAAUAUUGUAGAUAUUAUAAAUUAUCAACACAGGAGAAUAUGUCAUUGUUAUCACAAGUACCUGAGUUACAACAAACAAUGUGGUAUGUAUUGGAUGAAGUUGGAUCACGUAUUCAACAUUCUGAUGAGCCUACAGCUCGUAUGGUACCAUUUUACUAUGUACCACGUAACUUAUGUUAUUCUGUGUUCUGGCCCAUUAAAGAUUUACAAAGGAAUGAUAGUAUCACAAUUGACUAUGUAGAACAUGUAAAAAAUCCUGAAUUACGACCUUAUUAUUUAUUACCUUGGGAAUCAGAAGAUUUUUCUAAUGAACCUAUUGAACAUACAUACAUUUUGACAGAUGAAUAUUUUACAUCUCAUCGAGUACAAGAAAAAUUACCAAUAUGUCAGAUCAAUGAACCAAUUAAACGGGAAUAUUUUACUGUUUAUACUGAUUUGAAUCAAGUCAAACAAUAUUUAACUCAUUCACAAUUUACUUUUGUUGAUUCACCAGAUAAAGCUGAUAUUAUCUGGAUGUAUACACAUUUCAAGGAUUUUGAACGAUUAUCUAUAGACAGUCCAAAUACGUAUAUUAAUCAGUUCCCUGGUGAGUACGUCAUCACCGUUAAGGAUUAUCUAGCUAGUUUAGCAGCAAGUUUAGCUGAAGAAACUUAUAUGCAACAAUCUAACGAUCUAAUGCAUGAUAAUAUUGAUGCAAAACUUUCAACCAAUUGGUAUCCAGUUACAUUUAACUUAGUGUAUGAACUUCCACAAUUUUGUGCUUAUUUCCAAUCGAAUUAUAAUAAAAUCAUUAGUACUAAUGAAGAACCUGGAAGAAAUGAUAAACAUAAUUUAUGGAUAUUGAAGCCUUGGAAUCUUGGUCGAGGUGUGGGGAUUGUGAUUACUGACAAUUUGGAUAGGAUAAUAAAAACUUGUGAUGGUAACCCAAUGAUCGCUAGUAGAUAUAUCACAUAUCCUGUUUUAUUUUAUCGUAACGAUUUACAAGCUAAUGUGAAAUUUGAUAUACGCUAUGUGGUAUUAUUACGUUCUGUCAAACCAUUAAUUCUGUACACAUAUAAAGUAUUUUGGCUUCGAUUUGCAAAUAAACCAUUUAUUUUAGACGAUUUCGACUCAUAUGAUCGACAUUUCACAGUUAUGAAUUAUCGUUCCGCUGAAAAUUUAAAACAAAUACAUUGCGAUGAGUUCGUUGAAUUGUUCGAUAAACAAUAUCCAGAUCACAAAUGGUCAACAGUUGAGCUAAAAAUACAUCGACUUCUAGUUGAAAUUUUUCAAGUGGCCACAAAAUAUCCAUCACCACGUGGUCUAAUUCACAAUGUCCAAUCUCGAGCAUUAUAUGCUGUUGAUUUAUUAUUGGAAUGGCGUCCAAAUGAAUAUGCUUCCUCUAUUAAAAAAGAUAUAUAUCCUGUAGUAUGUGAAGUGAAUUUUUCACCAGAUUGUGAAAGAGCAUGUCUUUAUCAUCCGAACUUUUUCAAUGAUAUAUUUUCAUGCCUAUUUCUAGAUCAAUCAUGUGAUUCAUGUAACAUACAAAAACUGACAUAA